GGCGCGCGGAGCCCGGGCGCACGGGCGGCGCGCGCCGGUGGCCGAUCCAGGCUGGCGCCCGCGCCCCACCGCACCACCGCCGUCACCCGCCGCGCAGCCCGCGGGGCACCCUUCCCGCUUCACCGACUCCGGCCCCGGGGCCUCCGGCCGUGGUGCUGCCGUCCUCCGUCCCGCCGUCCCUCCCCGUCCAGCUCGGGCCGCCGGGCUCUCGCAGGCCCCACCGCCCGCGUUCCUAUGGACAGACGCACAGACACCUGCAGGAAAGACACUGCUGAUCCUGUAACAUGGAGGAUUGUCUUCAUACCUCAUCUGAGAAUCUGUCCAAACUGGUCAGCUGGGCCCACAGCCAUGGGACCAUUUGCAGCCUCAUUCCAAACCUGAAACACUUGCUGUCUGAAGGUUCCCAUGGGAACCUGACUGCAAUGUGGGGCUGCAGUGCUGGCCAUGCAUACCACUGGCCACUAACAGCUACUUGCAGAGCUGGGUCCCAAGAGAGGGUUUGUUUCCAGGACAACCGAAGUUUUAAUUCUGAUAGUCCCAGUAUAAUUGGGGUGCCUUCUGAGACACAGACUAGCCCUGUGGAAAGGUACCCUGGGAGACCUGUGAAGGCAAAGCUGGACUGUAACCGGACCAGAGACUCUUGCGACUUCUCUUACUGCAGUGAGCCCUCUGAACUGGAUGAAGCUGGCGAGGAGUAUGAAGACGAAAACACACUGUUUGACAUGGUUUGCGAAUCUUCUGUUACAGAUGAGGACAGUGACUUUGAACCCCAAACCCAGAGGCCUCAAAGCAUUGGUCGCAAAAGGCCAGGAAUAGUCCCAUCUUCCAUCCAUUCAAGUUCCCAGGGACAGAUGGUCGAUGAAUGUAGUAAUGAUGUCAUCAUCAAGAAAAUCAAGCAAGAGAUCCCAGAAGAUUACUACAUUGUGGCAAAUGCAGAGCUGACUGGAGGAGUGGAUGGACCAGCCCUUUCACUGACACAGAUGGCCAAACCCAAGCCCCAGACUCAUGCUGGUCCCUCCUGUAUAGGGUCUGCUAAACUGAUUCCCCAUGUAACAUCUGCCAUCAACACGGAAUUAGACCCACACAUUAUGUCAGCAUCCCCCUCCGUGAUCUCCAGACCCAUCAUCCCAAAGACUGCUAGAGUAUCUCUGGCUUCACCAAAUAGAGGACCCCCUGGUGCCCAUGGCACUGCCCACCAGGUGACCAUGCAGAUGCCUGUGAGCACAUCACAUCCUAACAAACAGAUCAGUAUCCCUUUGUCUGCCCUGCAGCUGCCUGGACAGGAUGAGCAAGUUGCUUCGGAGGAGUUCCUGCCCCAUUUGCCUAGCCAGGUCUCAUCUUGUGAGGUAGCCCUCUCUCCCUCUGUUAACACAGAGCCUGAAGUGAGCUCCAGCCAACAGCAGCCCCCUGUUGCUCCAACCAUAACCACUGAAGCCACUGCACAGUGCAUUCCAGCUUAUUCUACUAAGCUCAACAAAUUUCCUGUAUUUAAUAUUAAUGAUGACUUGAAUGGUCUGUGUACCAGUGCAGUGAGCCCAAACACCACCAAAGCCACGAGGUACGCCCUAAAUGUGUGGCGCUACUGGUGCAUGACCAACGGGCUCAAAGACCACACCGACAUCACCAAGAUCCCUGCAGUGAAGUUGAACGAGCUGCUUGAGAACUUUUAUGUUACUGUCAAGAAGAGUGACGGCUCAGACUUCCUGGCUACCUCACUUCACGCCAUUCGCCGCGGCCUGGACCGCAUCCUGAAGAACGCUGGUGUGGGCUUUUCCAUCACCAGCGGUACCUUCAGCUCCUCCACCAAGAAACUCAAGGAGAAACUGUGGGUCCUGAGUAAGGCAGGGAUGUCCGGUGCCCGUUCUCGCAACAUUGUCUACUUCUCCCUUUCUGAUGAGGAGGAGAUGUGGCAGGCAGGGUGUCUAGGAGAUGACAGCCCAAUUACUCUCCUGUCCACAGUGGUCAAGUACAACAGCCAGUAUCUGAAUAUGCGGACACUGCAGGAGCAUGCAGAUCUGAUGUAUGGUGACAUUGAGUUGCUCAAAGAUCCACAAAACCAGCCCUACUUCGCCCGGACAGACAGUGUCAAGCGGGAGAGCCGGAGUGGUUCGACUAGAGUGUGUCAUGGGAAAAUCUACCAUGAGCACUCCAGGGGACACAAGCAGUGUCCUUACUGCCUCCUCUACAAGUACAUGUAUAUCCACCGGCCACCCACCCAAAUGGAAGCCAAGUCCCCCUUCUACCUUACAGCACGGAAGGAGGCCACUGAUAUGGGCAGCGUGUGGUACGAAGAGCAGCGAAUGGGCUUACGCUCUCUCCGGGGAAUUGUCCCAAAUUUAGCCAGGAAGAUCAAGCUGGAAAACUGUGAGAACUUCACCUUCGUCUCCUUCACUCAGGUCUCCAGGCGACUCGGCUCCCAUAGCUGCUGCCAGUGAGCCCUCAGGGCCAGGUCACAGUCCUGCUUACUCGGUGGCCGCAGCCGGGCCUCACCAAGCAGGUUCUGAAGCCACAGAGGCUGAUGUCUUCGCUCCAUGAUCCAGCUGGCCUCUGUUACUACAGCCGGCCAUUCCUCAGACUUGAGAUUCACUUUUACAUAAAAGUAGAUGACUGGAUAAUUUGGAUGUUUUAUCUAAAUGUGAGACACCUUGUUAAAUCAACACAAUAGAAUAUAACACAAUAUAAAAUUACUAUAUACAAGAGUGAAGAAAUUCAUUUUAUCUAGUGCCUUUUUAGCACAGGUUUUCUUGAAAAAAAAAAGAAAAAGGAAAAAAAAUGUUUUGAGUAGUUACUUAAAUAUCCCAGUAGCCCGGUAGCUUUAGAAUGGUAUAGAAUUAUAUAUGCUUUGUUGGGUUCUUGUUUGUUUGGUUUUGUUUUGUUUUUCCCCCACAUAGGGACCUAGAGCAGGAGAGGCAGACAUGGAGAAAGCUUGCCUUCAGCACCCCGUGUGUCUUGUUGGUGGGUACUCUGCCAGGGCAGCUGGCUGCUCACCGAGAUAAAAGAUGCACUUGCUGUGCUGUCCAUAGGGGCAGGUUGGUGAAAGGAAGCUGAGCCUCUGAAAGGGUGUGUGGGAGACACCGAGUGCCGUGGACUCGGUGUAUGCACCUCGAGGAGUUCUAGUUAGCAGAGGGUGGACUUGGAAAGGCCCCUGUGACCCAGAUGUGAAAACCUCCUGAAGCAGAAGUGCCUGCGUCUGUCGGUUCUCCUCUGAGAACACUUGCUGUUUGAACUUCCAUUUUGUUUGCUUUGUUCUUUAAUCUGCUUUGUACAUCUCAAAGUUGUGUUGGCAGGCGUCCCUGGACCUGUGAGCCAUGCUUGACUAGGAGAAUCAACAGAGUAAGCCACAAGGAAAACACUCCCCGGGCAUUGUAAGGACCCUGGGAAUCCUGUAGGCUGACAGUAGUACUAGGGACCCUGACUUAGGCAGCCUGCCUGGAAAGCAAGCCCAGCACAGGGACAUAGUUACUGGAUCAGAGCGUCACGGGAGGGAGGUUAUUCCUGCAUUUAAAAAUCAUUUCACACUGAUAAAAGUCAACCUGACCAUGUGUUAUUUAAAAAGCAGACUUUUCUAGUAACUACUGUGAAUAUAUGUUUUUAAAAAGGAGCCCAAAGAGUGCUAAUUAAUAAUAGUAAUUUCUACUCUAUUUUCUAUUCCAGGAAAGACUGCUUUAAUUGUACCAUUAUGUUCUUGUGUGUGCUUUCUAAUCCAAAUUAAAAUUCCAAUGCACAUUCAUAUUGCACAAGUCUUUAAAUUAGUUAUGUCUCUUUCAAAGCAUUGUUUUAGUAUUUACUUAAAACCAUUUAAAGUCACUAGUCACUCAAGUAUGUGACUCUUUACCAGAGAAGACUCAGCCAAUGCUGCCUUAAGGUCUCAUGUUGUUCCCUUUCUAGUGACUACAUGUCUAGAGUUCUGUGUACUAGGUGGCCUUCCCCGGGUAGCGAUAAGUUUUAGUAUCUCACUCUGUGUGUAAAUAACAGGAUUUGAUAGCCAGUGUUCUCACUUGA